AAAAAAAAAAGAAAAUUGAACUUGAAAAUGGAUACUACUUUUUUAAAUUAUUUUUGGCAAUUAGCCUCAUUAGAUGUUGAAGAACGUCAAAAUGCAGCCAAGGAGUUAAUAAUUCAUUUACAUAAAUCAUAUCAACAAUUCUCAAAGUUCGAAAAAGUAUCUGAUUUUAAGGAUAUCAGAGAUUUUUCGGGGUGAUUAUUCAGUUGAUAAAUUUUUAGCGGUCAAAGUAAAAAUUUUUUUGGUAUUAUUGUUCAAAUAAAUAUUAUUUAUUAAUUGGUAGAGCCAUCGAGAUAAUUAAAAAAGUGGGUGGGCCUGAUGUGGCUUAUGCUAUGCUUCGAUUGACGAAGGGAAUUACUAGUCCUCGAGCAGGCGCUCGACAUGGUUUCGCGCUGGCAUUAACGGAGCUUCUUGCUAGUUUUGAGUUCUUUACAUUUAAGAUGAUUCUUCCGUUAAUUGACAAAAACUGUCCGAUGACUUCUUCCAAAGAUAAAGAAGGAUCUGAUAAAAUUUUUGGACGCGUUUUAAGUUUUGUAUCGGUUAUGAGAUCUGGUAUUCUUUGGCGUGAAACUUCAUCUGAUGAAGAUUAUCGUGAAGUGAUCAAUGGUUUAUUGGCUUGUGCAAAUUGUAAACCAUACGUUAGAGAAACAUGCUAUCAAGUUAUUGUUUCAAGCAUACCAUCAUUGAAAAAAACUUCAUUCGACGAAAAGGCUAUUUCUCACCUUAUAACGGUUAUGAAAGAACGUAGUGAUAAAAGUGGUGGUAUUAAUAACCCUGACGAUGUUAAUUUGGCUAUAGUUAUUGAAGCACAAUACCCGGACAUAAUACAAAGCAGCCAGUGGAAACAAGUUAUGGUUCAUAAUGUUGGUGUUGAUUCACGUACGGCGAAAUGGCAUAAGCCACAUAUACUCCAUCCCAAAAACUUAGAAAAGUUGACAGAAGCCAUUCAAGCAAAGUCCAGCAAAUCUGCGACCGAAAUUCAACAGAACCAAGAGAAUCGGAUUCAUUCUGUGUGGGAUACAAUUCUCUGUUGGAUUAUUUCUCCUUCUAAUGAUAAACCUGGAAAUCAAACAGUUACCUUUGAGCAAUUUUGGAAGGUGGUUGUGGAUGAAUGUCUUUUUGAUAGCGAUACUACGCAUCAACGUAAAUUCUGGGGAUUUCAAUUAUUUGAGAAAGCCCUUAAAUUAUGUCCUGAAAAGAAUACCUCCUCGUUAUUUACACCUAACUUUAUGAGGACCUUGAUAAAUAACUCUUAUGAGAAAAACCGUUAUUUGCAUGAAGCUGCAAUACGUUCGCUGAAGGUUAUUGAACAAGUCAGUGACGAAAAUCAUCAGAAAGCCUUGGUUAUAGUUAAACAAUUUUUGGGUCAAUAUUAUGAUCAAGACUUUGAUAAAACUAGUGCUAAUAUAGUCAAGAGAAUACUUAGUGUUGUCAACAAUCAAACAAUUGAGGAGUGUAUUCUAUACCUGAAAAGUAUUUUUAUACAGCCUAGUGAAAAUUUAUCGGGUGAUAGUGAUACGACAGAACAACAGCGACAAUGGAUCAUAAAUUAUUUAUAUUCACUUCUAAAAGAUUCUCGAAUCAAUCGCCAAGAAGGCUGGUUGUGUUUGGUUUUAGAAUUAUUUCUUAUUUAUGGAUUUUAUAUAGCAAAAGAUACAUUUAUAAAUGAUAAACCGAAAAAUAAUAAGGUUGAAAUUAGCUCUCAAAAUAAAAAAUUAAAAAAACGUGAUUCGAAAAGGGUAAGGUUUGAAGAUCAACAAAACGCCGAGAAUAACUCAAACACGGAUAAUUCCCAAGAAAAAAUCACAGAAAAUAUAUUACCUAAAGCAAUAAUUAGUGAAAAUACUCAAGAAUGUUGUCGGGCAAGGUUCUUUCAUGCUCUUGGUGAAUUGAGCACUUUCCGCUCUUUACAAAGUGAUAAAACGGAAAAACCUGUACGUACUCGUGGUGGUUUUAUGAGCGAUGAUCAAUCGUGGGCUUUCUACGCUGUAACUUUGAUGAAUAAAUUUGAGAAUGACAGUCAACUUGAGCCUUUAAUUGUUUUAAGUGAAGAAGCACUACGCCUAAAGAAAGCAGCAGUUGAAUUGCUACAAAAAAUUACAAAAAAGUUAGAAGGAUCAAAGAACGAAGGAUCUCAAAAAUCUAACCUUUACAUCCAACUGGAAGGUUUUCAUUGGUUAUUUUCUUAUGCUAUUCUCACAUUAUAUAUAGAACCGGAAGAAGCAAUGAAUGCAUUGGAGGAUUUGCAAGUAUGUUUUAACAAAAUGUUUGUACAAUCGAAAAGAUCACUUAAGAAGAAAAAGACUGAAAAGACUGAAGAAAACGCCGAAGAAAAUCAUGAUCCUAUUGACGUAAUUGUAGAUGUUUUGCUUAGUUUUCUUGCAAAACCGUCUGCAUUUUUACACAACAUGACAGAACAAGCUUUCAAAGUUUUUUGCGGCGGCAUUACGAAAUCUUCUUUGGAUUUAAUGUUGGAUCUUAUAAGUAAAAAAGGGAAUGUUGAAGAAUUAGUAGAUGAGAUGGAUAUAGAUGAGGAAAAUAAUGAUGAUUCUUCUGACGAAUCCAUUGAGCACGAUUCAGAUAAUGAAGAAACUGAUAAUGAGAAAAGAGAAGUAAAGGAUCAAUCUGUGAUAGAAAUUGGCCAACAGGAUAAACAGCAUGAAAAUGAAGAUAGUGAUGAGGAUCAAAGUAACCAAGAUAAAAUUAUGGAGGAAUUUGAUUCUAAAUUAUCCGAGUUUUUCAAACAAAAGAAAUUCGAGAAGAAAAAAAGGAAAGAUGCUAAAUACCAAAGAAUUCAUUAUAAACACAAAGUCAUUGGAUUGUUGAAAAUUUUUGUUAAGGAACAACCACAUAAUCCACUUAUUUUUGAGUUAAUCGUUCCUUUGCUUGAGAUAUCAAAGAAUGCAAAAACUGAUGAAAUUUCCAAGAGCGCAUUUGAUCUAAGUACUAAAAUUAUUGUAAUAAAGGAUGGUCCCACCGAAUUCGAUGAAAAUAAAGUGCUUACUUUAUUAGAAAAAGUUCAGGAUAUGGCUCGUAAAUCAAGCUUUGGUGACAUGAUGAAAUUGUGUUGGAAUUCUAGUGCGUUCCUGCUUAAAUCUAUGGUUCGACGUUAUAAAUAUGAGAACAUUCCAGGGGAGGUCAUGAAUCAACAACAUAUUAAAAAGGCCAUUGCUAUUUAUGAAUCAACAUACAAGAGCUGGUGUGUUAAAUCGAAUUCUUUGAAUAUAAAGUGUUUUUCACAGUUGCCUAAUCAUAUUCCUCAAAUACCAUGGCAUUUAUCUGAAAUAUUCCUUGGAUGUGCUGAUCCAAAGAUAGCAAAGAAUCCCAACAAGGUUAUGAAUGCUUAUGAUGUGUCAUAUUCUAUUUUAAAUAUUGCGCUACCAAAGAAAAGUCGGGAAUCCGAAAGUGUUGACAGCACAAUAUCUAAAUUAGUGCCAAAAAUAAGGGAAGCUUUAAACAAUACUCUUCAAUUUGUUGCUGGAGACUUAAAAUGUGGCGACCAAACCUUUGAUUCUCAAACAUUAAAAUCGAUUCUGAAAUUCGCUAGUUUUGCAAUUAAAAGGACUAGUGUUAAAAUACCGAUAGAAGAGCGUAAGAAAUUAUGGAAUGCAAAAAAUUUUUUACUUCUACUUGAGAAGAUUAAAGAACUACCAAGAUUUAAAUCUUCUCAGGCCAUUAAUGGUUUAGUGAAGGAAAUUACACGUAAUUUUUAAUAGUUAUGAAAUUGGGAUAUGGUUUUUUUCUUCGAAAUAACUUAGCAAAAAAUUAUACAAAUGUUUUGUAUUAGUUGUAUCGUAUUAUUACGGAGCCUUUUUUUUUAAAAAAAAAAAUUUUUAUCGUCUAGAAAAUGAUAUUCACACCGAAAA